AUGUGGCAGAUAGCCGCCUCUUGUCUUGUUUUAUACGACGGCCUUCUGAGCAAUUUCCUAACACGUAUUACUUGCAUGCUUGCAACGAAUCUCUUCGAUUCUGAUCGAAACGUGGAAACUGGGGACCUCGAGGACCGAAUUCACUCCCUUCUUAGCCGACUGGCUCCACUGCCUGGCCACUCCGUCGCCCCUGUAUCCGUUGCGAAAAACAUGUUAGGGGGCUGGCAACCAGUCUCCACUCAGUCCCCGAGUUUAGGUGGGCAAUCGGUAAUCCGACAAUCCACCCAUCAUGGGGUGCAGCUGGCUUCCACCUCGGCAUCAGGCUGGCCAUAUACUGACCCCGGAUUCUUAGUGGCUGUGAAGUUCCUAUCCGACUCGCCGAUUCUUAAACUAGUGAGUCAAUUCUUACUUUUUUCGCUUGAACUUUAUCAAUGA